AUUACCUUCCUCUUGCAGUCUUCUCUCCUCGUCCUCUUGCAGCUGCUUCGCCUUCUGAGCUUUGUUCAGCUUACGUCCCUUUUUAGGUGAGUUGAGUUAAAAACAUUAUAAAUCAGUGUUUAACAUGAACAGCUCACUGGGCAUGGGUGCACUGCUUAGGAGAAGAUGGAUACAUUGUGCUCUUUGAACCUACAGUAGAGGGUGGGUGGUAUAUUCUGUGCCUGGCUGCAUAUAUCUUAACGUGGUUAUUAUAAGAACACUGAGAGAAUGUGCUGGCUGCCUUUUGCUCAUACCUUUUUCUUGGGCGGCUUUCAUUCAUAGGAGAAAACAAAGAGAUAAAGUUACAGAAGGUUUAAAUGUACACGAAUUAAAGACACAAAGGAAGAAAGAAAUAGCCAGAAAAUAGUAAGAAAAGAAAGAGCAUUAAACUAAAGGUUCUUCCUGCUAACUUGACAGCUAUAAUGGUAAAUAGCAGUAACGUUGUUGUAUUCUCCAUUUAAGUUAACGCUACUAGCUUUUUUUUGCCGUACCUAUUUUUUUAAACUAUUAACUAGUUAGCGUUAAAUACUGCCUUAAACACUUCAAGUAUGAUAAGGUUUAACGCCAAAUAGAGUUAGUUUAUUAGUAAAAGAAAUGGUAAAAACUCACCAUGCUGAAAAAGAAAAAAACUCUCCAGCGUCUAAGUCACCAUGGAAACGUUCACGCAUGCGUACCUGACUGUUUUAUUUGCGACGUAAAGAAACGACAUACGGCUGUAUGUGUAACCAGGAGCUGCCAGCUGCAGACGAAGAAAGGACAAAGUGGCAAAGGAGACCUGUCUUCUUUUUCGUCCCGUUUGAGUGACUCCACCUAACGAAGCUACACAUAAGUGAGCGGUGACACUGUUUUCUGACAUGGCCAACCCUUUACGGGGUGAGGUUAUUAGGCUUUAUAAAAAUCUGCUGUAUCUUGGCCGUGAGUACCCAAAGGGAUCAGCUUAUUUCAGAGAUCGUCUGAAGUCAGCCUUCAUGAAGAAUAAAGAUGUAACAGAUCCUGACAAGAUCAAAAUGCUUGUGGCUCGUGGAGACUUUGUCAUCAAGGAACUGGAGGCUCUUUAUUUCCUCAGAAAAUACCGAGCAAUGAAAAAGAGGUACUAUGAACCUGAAGAAUAAUUACGCACAUAGACCGCACCAAAAUGUUUCUAAUAAGGGCAAAUCAUUUUUUUGGGACAGGGAGUCAAAGUACAGUCCAAAAUAGUGCCGGACAUAGUUAUCAGAUUAUGCAACAGUGUUUAAUUUUCACACAUUACAGCCUAACAAGGAGAAAAGAAGAUCCAUCUGUAAGGAGUGCCAAAAAAAAUUGACAAUGGGAUAAUUGUUAAAGAAUGCAAUUUGUAUUUUUAUACACAAGUUGUACCAUGGUGCUAGUGUUUUAAAUAUUUAAAACUCUGUCUGUUAAUAUCAUGGGGUUUUCUUCAGAACAGUUAGGCCCAGUUUGCCUCUCUGGCACAUUGUUGGUCCAGCCAGACACAGCAUUUCUUCAGGUCAAUUAAUUUAAUGAACCAUUUUGAAAUGAGUGCUCAGAUCAUGUAAGUCGUCUGAGUUCAGUAGUUAGUACAGAAGUACAUGUCCACCUAGUGUGUAAUAAACUGCUGAAGCCUGUACUUUAUAUGAGACUGACUGAAUCAAAUUGUACAAUGAAAUGUCAGAGCUGUGGGAUGUAUUGUAUAAUGUAUAUAUUUGUAAAUACAUGGUCACAUUUCUUGAGUGAAUGUAAAUGACUAUGUAUCAAUGCACUAUGUCCAGUGUAAUAAUAAAUACAACAAAA